AUGGCUGCUUCUAAGCCGGUGGAGCCGCAGUCCGGGACAGGACUACCCCGCUGGCAGCUGGCCCUGCUGAUCGGGACUCCCAUCGUGCUGGGAGUGGGGGCGGUUUACCUGUGGAACCGCAGCAGGACGAAGGAGAGGAAAGGCACCGGGGAGCGGAAGACGCCAGAGGGCAGCGCCAGUCCCGUGCAGGGCCAAGACGGCGCAGCGAACCGGGAGCCUGAAGUCAUGAGCCUUUUGGAUCGGGCCCAAGCAGCAAAGAACAAGGGCAACAAGUACUUCAAGGCUGGAAAGUACGAGAACGCCAUCCAGUGCUACACAGAGGCCAUUGCCCUCUGUCCCACAGAGCAGAAGGCUGAUUUGUCCACAUUUUACCAGAACAGAGCAGCAGCCUUCGAGCAGCAGAUGAAGUGGACAGAAGUGGUACAGGACUGCUCCCAGGCUGUGGAGCUAAAUCCACGCUACAUCAAGGCUCUGUUCAGGAGGGCCAAGGCUCUGGAAAAAUUAGACAACAAGAAGGAGUGCUUAGAGGAUGUCACAGCCGUGUGUAUUCUUGAGGCCUUCCAGAACCAGCAGAGCAUGCUGCUAGCAGACAAAGUGCUGAAGCAGCUGGGGAAAGAGAAGGCCAAGGACAAGUACAAGAACCGUGAGCCGAUGAUGCCUUCUCCUCAGUUCAUCAAGUCCUACUUUAGUUCGUUCACUGAUGACAUCAUCUCGCAGCCUCUGCAGAAGGGAGAGAAGAAAGAUGAGGACAAGGACAAAGAGGGCGAGGCAGCUGAGGUCACAGAGAGCUCUGCCUAUCUGAAGGCGAAGCAGUACAUGGAGGAGGAGAACUACGACAAAAUCAUCAGCGAAUGCACCAAGGAGAUUGAGUCAGGUGGUCGAUACACUGCCGAGGCCCUGCUGCUGCGUGCCACUUUCUUUCUGCUCAUUGGUAAUGCUACUGCUGCUCAACCUGAUUUGGAUCGGGUAAUCAACAUGCAGGACGCCAACGUGAAGCUACGAGCCAACGCUCUGAUCAAGCGUGGAAGCAUGUACAUGCAGCAGCAGCAGCCUCUGCUCUCUACACAGGACUUUAACAUGGCGGCUGAGAUUGACACACGCAACCCUGAUGUGUAUCAUCACAGGGGUCAGCUGAAGAUCCUGUUGGACCAGGUGGACGAAGCAGUGGGAGACUUUGACGAGUGCAUCCUGCUCAGGCCUGACUCUGCUCUGGCCCAGGCACAGAAAUGCUUUGCUCUUUACAGACAAGCUUAUACUGGAAACAACCCCUCACAAGUACAGACAGCCAUGGACGGCUUUGAGGAUGUUAUCAGGAGGUUCCUUAAGUGUGCAGAAGGCUACGCUCUCUAUGCUCAGGCACUGACUGAUCAGCAACAAUUUGGAAAAGCAGACGAGAUGUAUGACAAGUGCAUCGAACUGGAGCCGGACAACGCUACCACAUAUGUCCACAAGGGGUUGUUACAGCUUCAGUGGAAACAAGACCUUGACUUGGGUCUGGAGCUCAUCAGUAAGGCCAUUGAAAUUGACAACAAGUGUGACUUUGCCUAUGAAACCAUGGGAACCAUUGAAGUGCAAAGGGGGAAUCUGGACAAGGCGAUAGAAAUGUUCAACAAGGCCAUUAAUCUAGCCAAGUCAGAGAUGGAGAUGGCUCAUUUGUACUCGUUAUGUGAUGCAGCGUACGCCCAGACUGAAGUGGCCAGGAAGUAUGGGCUGAAACCUCCAACACUGUAACUUCUCUUCCAAUUGAUCGCCAAUCUGAGUCUUCAUUGCUUAACCCUAAAUGUGUUAAAAUGCAACUUUCUGAGUAACUUUGAUCUGUAAAAAAAAAAAAAGGGUACAAGUAUAUGACAAACAAGGAAGAGCCCUGCAUAUAAACAGCGUUUACAUCACAUCAAAAGGGUUUGUUAGGAUGGAAGAAAAGGAUUUCUAUUCACUAUCACGGCAAGGCUGUGAUCCAGGCCUCUGGUAUACUCGGUGGGUUGGGGUAGCUGAGGGGGGUGGUCUAAACCUACACAGCCCUUUGCUGGCGCUUAAUUCAACCAGAACACCAACACAAAACCUUUUUACUGCUCAGUCAAAUAAUAAGAGAGAAUAACUGUGUCCUCUAGAGAGAAAAUCAUACAUGAAUGGCCAUGUAUGCCUGUCUAAAUUAGUAGUAACUGUGUAAAAUGUAGGAGAAUUGAAAUGUGUGCAGUCUGUUGAACCGAUUAAUGACGUCAAGGCUUCUGUGACACAGAUCUACAGAGAAUACUGUGAGCUUUAUAUAGUUCUAAUGGACUGUUCACUUGUUAAUUUAUGCUGAUCUGAAGUGUUUUUGUCCAGCUACUUCCAUAUUGUAACUUACAUCAUCAGUUCUGAAUGCAAGAUUAAAAUUAUAGUCGAACAUGUAAUGUCUGUGUUUGUAAUGCUGGAAUUGAUCCCAUAGAUGUGGGGCAACAGAGAAGUUAGUUUAGCAAGUAUAUUUUUCUGUUUGUUUUGUUUUUUUAAUAAUGGGAUUGCCUGUUUUCAUUUUUAUAUACUUUGUGCAGCAUGUUCACUUUAUUAAUAAAUGUAAAUGCAAUGCUCGUGCUGUCUUGAACACUAUGAAAACCCCAACUACAAGAUGCUUUGGGCAAGACACUUUUGAUUAGAAAAACCUAACAAACUACUUUUUUGGGAAAGUUAUUUUUUAACUUCCUCUAGUGUCAGAUUUCACAAGGGAUCGGUGAGUCAAUGAUUUUUUCCCUAGCUCACCUUAAUUGAGAAAAGGACUUUUUUUCUAUUUUAUUGUAAAAGGUUUAUUUUCAUGAUCCAUUUAGUUUCUUCUUUUGACAGGAUAAACCCUAUGAUCGUGAUUAGAUUUUUUGUCCUCUCCUUUUCAAAUGAUUUUUUCACAACUCGCGUCUUAUUUUUUCCAGCCUGCCUGCAGCCUGGAGGAUCUGUUGGUUCAGUGUAUGAUUUGGUUCUCAUGUAGCAACUGUGCUCUGCGAAAAACAGCUGAAUGUGUGUUAGGAGCUUUUUCAAUUUCAAGAAAAUUGAAUCACUCCCGUUGUUUGUGACAUUCAUUCAUCAAGCAGCAGUAAUGGCUACAUGUCAUUGAAUGUGGUAAUGCCAAAGAAUCAAAUCAUGCAGUCUAGGUGCAGCUGGUGAGGAAUUCUCAACUUAAGUCAACAGAAAAGAAAUGGAGAAAUGGUUGUAACCUGAACAGUUAAUCUGCAGGUACCCAGUAAAUUCAGGCCGUUUGAUAGAGAAUCAGUGAUGUGUAUGGUGACCAAAGUGAAAUAAAAUAUGAAUCCUAAUAAAGUUAUAAUUCCUGGAAUGAA